AUGGUUUACUCGAAGGAGCGUCGUUCGUGGGUGCACGUUUUAUAUGUUGUGCCCCUUUUCCUGAUUUGUACUGUAUCACUGAGCCCAAAUGAGGCAAUGCAGGUGGGGACCUUGGCAGGGACAUACCCGUUUAGGUGUGCAAGAAGUUUGUCCGAGAUGUCUCUCUUAUUGAAUGAUUCUAUAUUCGGGGAUAACGAGCAAACGAAUGAGAAUAACUACACUUCCGGAAAUGGGCACAUUGUCAUGAACCAGGAAGGGCCCGCAGAUGGGGAGAUGAACACAAAGGAUAAUUGGGCGGAGUUGAAGAAUCUCACCUGGUUGGAGCUUCAGAAUGGGAACGGGUUGGGUGAGAAGCACCAUGGUGGGGACGAUCAGCAGCAACGCAGCUGGGCCAACGAGCAGCAACGCAGCUGGGCCAACGAGCAGCAACGCAGCUGGGUCAACGAGCAGCAACGCAACUCGGCCAACGAGCAGGAAAGCAACUCGGCCAACGAGCAGCAAAUUAAUUGGAUGGACCUGAUUCAUCUUAAAUGGGACGAUGAGGGACAUCGGAAAUUGGAGGAUGAGAAAAGCAAUGGCAGGUCUCAAAAGCGGCGGCUUGACUUGUCUGAUGGGGAUGAGUUUGACGGGUCCGAUCGGGAUGAGUUUGACUUGUAUGAUGGGGAUGAGUUUGACGGGUCCGAUCGGGAUGAGCUUGACGGAUCCGAUCGGGAUGAGCUUGCCUGGUCCGAUGAGGAAAAAGAUAAGAAGCCCUACCCCAGGCAACGUUAUGGAGCUUACCCCCAACAGAGUUACGGAGCCUACCCCAAACAGAGUUAUGGAGCCUACCCCCAACAGAGUUAUGGAGGCUCUCCCCAACAGAGUUAUGGAGCCCCCCCCCAACAAAGACGUGAAGCCUACCCAAGGCGAUACGGCUGGGCCGAUUACCCCAAUUGGAAGAACCGUGUCCUAGAAAGGUACAAGAGAAGACUUCCAUACGGUUGCAAUAUUUAUGACAUUUCGAAAGAACUCACAGACGAACAAAUUUUAAACAUGCAAGAGGAUUUAUUUUUUAGAAUAAGUAAAAGAAAAGCAUUUAUUUUUUAUUUCUACUAUGGAAUAUAUUUAGAAAGGAAAUACUACAACAUGGUGAACUACCUUAGCAAAUGGUUUGCCGAUGCAGCAAAAGCAAAUAAUUUAUCAGAUGCUUACAAGUUAGAAUGUUGGGAAGAAUGCAUCGUACAGCUUAUGUACGACUUGGAAUAUAUUCAAAUGACAUGUGAAAAAUUAUUUAGCAAUUUUGUUUCUAAAAGGAGAAAAAAAAAUAUGUGGACUGUAUCAUUUGAAAAUCUUUUAUAUCGUUUUCGCAAGAUAGCAUGUACAAGUAUUGCGUUUAACAAGGAUAAGUGGAGUAGUAUUUUGACUCAUAGGUUGAAUAGUUACUUGGCGAAUGAAAAUAGGGAGGAUAGUACUCAACGGAGAUAA